UUUGCUCCAAUUAAACGUCACUCCUGCGUACCGUUUACCCCAUAGCCGCCACUGUGCCGAACCCACGGCAACGUCAACCCUCGACUCUCGCUCUGGCCGUCUGCAUGUCCCGGCCUAGUGAGGGGCAUUGGUCCUGGAGCAAGACCGAGGAGGGGCAAGUCACUCUGCCACUGCCCGCCAUGGGCAAACGGGGGAUGGAGGUCUGUCUGCAUGCUUUGCCCAUAUUCCGUACCCCGUCAACCCGUACAGCUUGACACAUAGCUAGGGUGAUGCUGCCCUGCUCUAGCCAAGGUACCCUGCCCAGCGUAGCCGAAGCCGACGAGGGCCCCUCCGGCCGUGUCAUUAUCCCCAUAGCCUCCCUCAACUUCGUUUCAAGGUCCUGUCCCCGUGCUCACCACCGCGGCCCAAUUCAUCUGCUUGGUUGAUACCCAUUACUUCUUUGUUCUGUUCUCUGUGUUUCUUGCAGUCCUACCACCACAAUGUCUGCACAAGUAAAUACCAAUGGGGGUGGCAAUGAGGCCGAGACCAUCAACACCAACAUCGUAACGCUCACCCGUUUCCUGACGGAAGAGCAAGUCAAGAUCAAGGAGGCAACUGGAGACUUCACCCUGCUGUGCCACGCCCUGCAGUUCUCCUUCAAGUCGAUCGCCUACUACAUCCGAAGAGCAACCCUCGUCAACCUGACCGGCCUGGCCGGCUCCUCCAACACCACCGGUGACGAGCAGAAGAAGCUCGAUGUCAUCUCCAACGACCUCUUCAUCGCCGCGAUGCAGUCCUCGGGCAAGUGCGCACUACUGGUCUCCGAGGAGGAGGAGAACGUCAUAUACUUCAAGGAGAACCAGCACGCCCGCUACGCAGUCGCCUGCGACCCCAUCGACGGCUCCUCCAACCUGGACGCCGGUGUCUCCGUCGGCACCAUCUUCGCCAUCCACAAGCUGGCCGAGGGCUCCACCGGCACCAAGGAGGACAUCCUCAAGCCCGGCACCGAGCUGGUCGCCGCCGGCUUCACCAUGUACGGCGCCUCGGCCCAGCUGGUCAUCACCAUGAAGGGCGGCGGCGUCAACGGCUUCACCCUCGACAACGGCGUCGGCGAGUUCAUCCUCACCCACCCCAACAUGCGCCUGCCCAAGUCGCGCGCCAUCUACUCCGUCAACGAGGGCAACUCGCUCUACUGGGAGGACAACGUCAAGGGCUACUUCGAGUCGCUCAAGCAGCCCCAGGGCGGCGACGGCAAGGGCAAGCCUUACAGCGCCCGGUACAUCGGCUCCAUGGUCGCCGAUGCCUACCGGACGCUGCUGUACGGUGGCAUCUUUGCCUACCCUGCCGACAAGAAGGCCCCCAAGGGCAAGCUGAGGAUCCUGUACGAGUGUGCGCCUAUGGCCAUGGUGUUUGAGAAUGCUGGCGGACAAGCUGUCAACUCGAAAAUGGAGCGUAUGCUGGAAGUCGUUCCUGAGGAUAUCCACGACAAGUCAGGAAUCUUCAUGGGCAGCUGGGAUGAGGUCGAGAAGGUCAAGCAGUUCCACAAGUCAUAAGAUACCCGACCGGAUAGGCGCUCUGUCUCACGCACACUCUCACACACAUUCUUGGCUUCGGAGGUAUCAUGGGAGGAGCAAAGGACGGCGUUACUGCUUGCUUGCGCUGCUGUCACGAUUAACCGGUUGGAUGUCGGAUCAGAUUGGAAACGGUCAUAAUGUGCAUAGCUGUGUCACUAAACGAAUAAUACCAUGGAGAAACUCAACGAAAA